AUGAGGCGUUAUACCUCGAACUGGAACUAUAGAGUGAGGAGAUAUUCUAGUUUGGGAAUGCAGCUGUGGAACGAAUCUGAAGUGCUAGUGGACCGCAAAUCCAAAUUCCAGGCUAGAAGCUGUGCUAUAAAAAAUCAAGCUGAUAUUGCAAGCCUGCUCCAGGUCCUGUUGCAAGACAAGCGGAUUGCAAGGGCCAGCCAUCCGCACAUGUACGCCUGGAGGACCGGCGAAGUGAAAUCGCGGCCACCGAAAGACAUCAGAGGUUCCAAGAUGGGCAAGAAGGCCAACACUGGAAGAGUAGAACUAUCUAACGUCCAACAGGGCUCAUCGGAUGGUGGUGAGUCUGGAGCUGGACAACGACUUCUUACGCUGCUAGAGCAAGCGAAUGUCGUAAAUGUGCUUGUUGUAGUUACCAGAUGGUAUGGCGGGACCCCGUUGGGAUCAGCGAGAUUCCGACAUAUAUCGUCGACAGCAGUCGAGAGUCUAAAAAGAGGCGGAUUUCUGCCCUGA